GCCCCCGCGCCCCUGCCCGGCCCCGGCCUGCCCCGGGAGCCGCCCUGCCCGCCCCGCUCGGCCGCCCGGGAAGAUGCGGCUGCUCCCGGAAUGGCUUCUCCUGCUCUUUGGCCCGUGGUUCCUGAGGAAGGGCGUCAGUGCUCAGAUGUCGGAGUCCGGGAGGCCGCAGUACCUAGAGCUGCGCCCUGCCGCCGCGGGAGGGGGCGCCCCUGGCCAGCAGCUCCCUGCACGGGGCUCUCCCGACGCCCUGGGCACCGCCCGCUCCUGGAGCUGGGCCUGGCCGGCUAACCACACCGGGGCGCUGGCCCGGGCAGGGGCAGCCGGGGCGCUGCCUGCGCAGCGCAGCAAGCGGAAGCCGUCCAUCAAAGCGGCCCGCGCCAAGAAGAUCUUCGGCUGGGGGGACUUCUACUUCCGAGUGCAUACUCUCAAGUUCUCGCUGCUGGUGACCGGCAAGAUCGUCGACCACGUGAACGGCACCUUCAGCGUGUACUUCCGCCACAACUCGUCCAGCCUGGGUAACCUCAGCGUCAGCAUCGUACCACCCUCCAAGCGUGUCGAGUUUGGGGGCGUCUGGCUGCCUGGGCCCUCUCCCCACCCUCUGCAGUCCACGCUGGCCCUGGAGGGAGUGCUCCCGGGGCUGGGACCCCCGCUGGGGAUGGCGGCGGCGGGACCCGGCCUCGGAGGCACACUCGGGGGCGCGCCGACAGGCCCACUCGGGGGCGCGCUGGGAGUGCCUGGGGCCAAAGAGUCACGCGCUUUUAACUGCCACGUGGAGUAUGAGAAGACAAACCGUGCGCGCAAGCACCGCCCGUGCCUGUACGACCCAUCGCAGGUGUGUUUCACCGAACACACGCAGAGCCAGGCCGCCUGGCUCUGUGCCAAGCCCUUCAAAGUCAUCUGCAUUUUCGUCUCCUUCCUCAGCUUUGACUACAAACUUGUGCAGAAAGUGUGCCCAGAUUAUAACUUCCAGAGCGAGCACCCCUACUUUGGGUAGCUCGCUCCGCCCCCGCCCCGUCCCCGAGCUUUCCGCCAAGUCCUGGCCUUGCUAGGUGGGCCCUCUCCCCCUGACCCGCCCUCCUGCGGCCGCGUACACCCCAUCCUCUGGGGGCGGAGGGGAACAGCCCUCCCGGGGACACCAGCCGGUGUGGGUCCUCUUGUCCUUAUCCGGAGUGCCCACGAGGCGGGACUUGACGGCGGUUCCAGCGUCCCCUGUGUCUACACGUGUUCCCCCUGCUCUUCUGGCGCUAGGCUGGGCGUUCCUUUCGCUCUCAACUUUAAUAACGCCCGGCCUGGCAUCCUCCGCCCACCCUGACUUAUCCCCAGGCGCUUGUCCUCCCGCUGCGCCCUGUCCCCUGGUUCAGACUGGCCGCCUGUAAACUCCGGCUUGUGUCCAUCCCCUACUGCCUGCCCCGCUGUACGCCUGUCCCUUUCUUCCCCCAAACUCCUCUAGGGUAGUGCAAGCGGCACUGGCAGAGGCACUGCCCGGGCCCUGCCCUCUCCCCGCCUCCCUCCUGUCCCCGCAGUCCAGCUCCACCUGCCCCUCUCCGGCUGCUUCCUCUCUGUGAUAUUUUUUCUACGCCAAAACAGACGGGAAAGGGAACAAA